GCGGGGGGAGGGGGAGGAGGGACGAGUUGGAGGAGUCACGUGACGGCCCCAAUAUGGCGGCGCCGUGUCCCUGUCUCUAUUGCCGCUGCUGAGGGAGUCGCGCCUCUUCCAUAUCAUGGGGCCCCGACGCGGGCGGAGCCUCUGAGCCCCGUUCUCCCUUCCCCCCGCCGGGGCCUUCGGCCAUGCAGCCCCCGGCCCGGGAACAGGACACCCGCACCAAGAGCAUGUUCGUCUCCCGGGCCCUGGAGAAGAUCCUAGCGGAGAAGGAGGCGAAGCGGCCCCCGUACGGCCAGCUGCGGAGAGCCUGUCAGGAGGGGCUGGAUGAAAUAAAAGCCGAUCUAGAAAAGCAAAGGCAAGGCACUGCCUCUCCACCCAAAGCAAACUUCAUAGAAGCGGAUAAGUAUUUCCUUCCGUUUGAGCUGGCCUGCCAAUCAAAGUCCCCACGCAUUGUCAGUACCUCACUAGACUGCUUGCAGAAACUCAUUGCAUAUGGACAUAUCACUGGCAACGCUCCAGAUAGUGGAGCCCCUGGAAAGCGACUGAUUGACCGGAUAGUUGAAACCAUUUGCAAUUGCUUUCAGGGCCCUCAAACAGAUGAAGGAGUACAGUUACAAAUAAUUAAGGCUCUUCUUACUGCUGUGACAUCUCCGUAUAUAGAAAUUCAUGAAGGAACUAUUCUUCAGACUGUUAGAACCUGUUACAACAUCUAUUUAGCCAGUAAAAAUCUUAUUAAUCAGACUACUGCCAAGGCUACCCUCACUCAGAUGCUGAAUGUUAUUUUCACCCGGAUGGAGAAUCAAGCUGUACAAGAGGCCAGAGAAUUAGAAAAAACAAAUCAGCAAAAAUCCCAGUCUCCCCUGAUUCAAGCUGUGGCAGGAUCUCCAAAGGAUAAUCUGCUGCGGCACAACCAUCAAGAAGGGAAACCCUCAACCCCCGAAAGAACAGAUUUAACAAAUGGCGAGCCUGAGAGAACAGAAAAUGCAGACCAGAAGCUAGAAAGAGAUCUGACUCCUUCAGUCUCGGGAGAAACAACUGAUGGAGGCAAGGAAAUGGUUACAGACAUCUUGGAGGAUGUGAUCAUCUCAGCAGUUAAAGUGGCUGAAGAAAAGCAUGUUGUGGCUGAAGCAUUAAGGCCCUCAUCUGAAUUAGAAGGUGCAGAUCUUCCCCCAGCUGGUGGUAUUAAUGAAAAUGUACAAACAAAUGGAAUUCCUGAUGACAGACAGUCUCUCUCUUCCACGGAUAAUCUGGAAACAGAUGUACCUGGAUGCCAGUCAGCUGCCAAAUUCUCCCAUAUCCUGCAGAAGGAUGCCUUCCUUGUUUUCCGGUCACUGUGCAAGCUUUCGAUGAAACCCCUUGGUGAUGGACCACCAGAUCCCAAAUCCCAUGAGUUGCGUUCUAAGAUAGUGUCCCUCCAGCUACUUCUCUCCGUAUUGCAGAAUGCUGGUGCAGUAUUCAGGACCCAUGAAAUGUUCAUCAAUGCAAUAAAGCAAUAUCUAUGUGUAGCGUUAUCAAAAAACGGGGUCUCUUCUGUUCCUGAUGUGUUUGAGCUGUCCCUUGCCAUCUUUCUCACACUGCUGUCAAAUUUUAAGACCCAUUUAAAAAUGCAGAUUGAGGUGUUUUUCAAAGAGAUCUUCCUGAAUAUUUUGGAGACCUCCUCAAGUUCUUUUGAGCACAAAUGGAUGGUGAUUCAGACUUUGACUAGAAUUUGUGCAGAUGCUCAGUGUGUGGUGGAUAUUUACGUUAACUACGACUGUGAUUUAAAUGCUGCUAAUAUCUUUGAACGCCUUGUGAAUGACUUGUCUAAAAUUGCUCAGGGAAGGAGUGGGCAUGAGUUGGGAAUGACACCUUUACAGGAACUGAGCCUGCGGAAAAAGGGUCUUGAAUGUUUGGUUUCUAUCUUAAAGUGCAUGGUUGAAUGGAGUAAAGACCUAUAUGUGAACCCUAAUCAUCAGGCCAGUCUUGGUCCAGAUAGGUCUUCAGAUCAGGAAAUGGGUGAAGGUAAAUGUUUGGAGACUGGAAGAAGACGGAGUAGUGUGAGUUCCUUGGAUUCAACAGUGUCCUCAGGAAUUGGAAGUGUUGGGACCCAGACUGCUGUCCCUGAUGAUCCUGAGCAGUUUGAAGUCAUCAAGCAACAAAAAGAGAUAAUUGAACACGGGAUAGAAUUAUUUAACAAAAAGCCAAAAAGAGGAAUACAAUAUCUUCAAGAACAGGGAAUGCUUGGCACUACAACAGAAGACAUUGCACAGUUCCUGCACCAAGAUGAACGUCUGUGUUCUACCCAAGUUGGAGAAUUUCUAGGGGAGAGCAAUAGGUUUAACAAGGAGGUGAUGUAUGCCUACGUAGACCAGCUUGAUUUCUGUGGGAAAGACUUUGUCUGUGCUCUCCGUAUUUUUCUGGAAGGCUUCCGGCUGCCAGGCGAAGCCCAGAAGAUUGAUAGAUUAAUGGAGAAGUUUGCAGCUAGAUACAUUGAAUGCAACCAAGGGCAAACCCUAUUUGCUAGUGCUGACACUGCCUAUGUUUUGGCAUAUUCUAUUAUAAUGCUGACUACAGACCUGCAUAGUCCCCAGGUAAAGAAUAAAAUGACAAAAGAUCAAUAUAUUAAAAUGAAUCGAGGCAUCAAUGACAGUAAAGACCUGCCAGAAGAGUAUUUGUCCACUAUCUAUGAAGAAAUAGAAGGGAAAAAAAUUGCAAUGAAAGAGACAAAAGAAUAUGCAAUUACAACUAAAUCUACUAAGCCAAAUGUAGCCAAUGAGAAGCAGCGGCGGUUAUUGUAUAACUUGGAGAUGGAACAAAUGGCGAAAACAGCAAAAGCCCUUAUGGAGGCAGUAAGCCAUGCAAAGGCUCCUUUCACUAGCGCCACUCACCUGGAUCACGUCAGACCCAUGUUCAAACUUGUAUGGACUCCAUUAUUGGCAGCUUACAGUGUUGGCCUUCAGAACUGCGAUGACACUGAAGUUGCAUCUCUGUGUUUGGAAGGAAUACGAUGUGCAAUCCGAAUAGCCUGCAUCUUUGGAAUGCAGCUUGAACGAGAUGCCUAUGUGCAAGCCCUUGCUCGAUUCUCACUGUUGACUGCUAGCUCCAGCAUCACAGAAAUGAAACAGAAGAACAUAGAUACUAUCAAGACACUUAUUACAGUGGCCCAUACAGAUGGCAACUAUCUUGGGAAUUCCUGGCAUGAGAUCUUGAAAUGCAUCAGCCAGUUGGAACUAGCACAGCUUAUAGGGACUGGGGUUAAAACUCGAUAUUUAUCUGGCUCUGGGCGUGAAAGGGAAGGCAGCAUUAAAAGCUAUACCUCUGGAGGAGAAGAAUUCAUGGGCCUGGGAUUAGGUAACUUGGUUGGUGGUGGAGCUGAUAAAAGACACAUGGCCAGCAUUCAGGAGUCUGUGGGUGAGACCAGCUCACAAAGUGUGGUGGUGGCAGUGGACAGAAUAUUUACUGGAUCAACACGAUUGGAUGGAAAUGCAAUAGUUGAUUUUGUCCGAUGGCUGUGUGCUGUUUCCAUGGAUGAGUUGGCUUCCCCUCACCAUCCUCGCAUGUUCAGCCUACAGAAGAUAGUAGAAAUCUCGUAUUACAAUAUGAAUCGAAUUAGACUGCAGUGGUCAAGGAUAUGGCAAGUGAUUGGAGAUCAUUUCAAUAAGGUUGGAUGUAAUCCUAAUGAAGAUGUGGCCAUCUUUGCAGUUGAUUCAUUAAGGCAGCUGUCAAUGAAGUUUCUUGAGAAGGGAGAAUUAGCCAAUUUCCGUUUCCAGAAAGACUUUUUAAGGCCCUUUGAACACAUUAUGAAGAAAAACAGAUCUCCUACCAUUCGUGACAUGGUAAUACGCUGUAUUGCUCAGAUGGUGAACUCCCAGGCUGGUAACAUUCGUUCAGGCUGGAAGAAUAUCUUUGCAGUAUUUCACCAAGCAGCUUCAGACCACGAUGGGAAUAUUGUGGAGUUGGCUUUCCAAACAACGGGACAUAUAGUUACCAAUAUUUUUCAACAGCAUUUUCCAGCAGCAAUUGAUUCAUUCCAGGAUGCUGUAAAAUGUUUAUCUGAAUUUGCCUGUAAUGCAGCAUUUCCAGACACCAGCAUGGAAGCAAUCAGACUUAUCCGUUAUUGUGCUAAAUAUGUUUCAGAAAGACCACAGGUAUUGCAAGAAUAUACAAGCGAUGACAUGAAUGUUGCUCCUGGAGACAGGGUCUGGGUCAGAGGAUGGUUCCCUAUUUUAUUUGAACUUUCCUGUAUCAUUAAUCGAUGCAAAUUAGAUGUUCGGACAAGAGGCCUGACAGUGAUGUUUGAAAUAAUGAAGAGCUAUGGCCACACCUUUGAAAAACACUGGUGGCAAGAUUUGUUUAGGAUUGUGUUUCGGAUAUUUGACAAUAUGAAGCUCCCUGAACAACAGACAGAGAAAUCUGAAUGGAUGACAACCACAUGUAACCAUGCACUUUAUGCAAUCUGUGAUGUAUUCACGCAGUUUUAUGAAGCUUUAAAUGAGAUCCUCCUUCCUGAUAUAUUUGCACAGUUACACUGGUGUGUAAAACAAGAUAAUGAACAGCUGGCUCGAUCAGGUACCAACUGUUUAGAAAACCUGGUGAUACUAAAUGGACAGAAAUUCAGUCCUGAAGUUUGGGACCAAACAUGCAAUUGUAUGCUAGAAAUCUUCAAAACCACCAUUCCUCAUGCUUUGCUGAAAUUCAUCUGA